AUAUAAAAAACAUAGUUUGAAACACUCUUCCUUAAACCCUAGUUCGUUCUUUCUUUUGCGAUUCUUCGUUCCUCUCGCUUCUCUCGCUCCUACUACCACCAGUGAAAGAUGGGGAAUCAGAAGCAGAAGUGGACGGCUGAGGAAGAAGACGCUCUCCACCGUGGCGUCCAGAAGUACGGCGCAGGCAAGUGGAAGAACAUCCUCAAAGAUCCCGAAUUCGCUCCUUCCCUCACGAGCCGUUCCAACAUCGAUCUCAAGGAUAAAUGGAGGAAUUUAAAUGUUGGCACUGGUCAAGGCUCCAAUGUUAAGUCUAGAACUCUCAAGCCCAAACUACCAGCACCUUGUGCAGUUACAACUCCUGAUCCUACUGUGCAAGAUGUUGCUCCUGUGCAAAAUGCUACUCCUAAGAUUCCAUCUCAAAAUUCUUCUGAAAAGGAUCAUGAUGUCAAAGUUCCUCCUCGGUACAAUGGAAUGAUAUUUGAAGCUUUAUCGACGAUCCAGGAUGCUAAUGGUUCUGAUAUGAAUGCCAUUGCUAGUUUCAUCGAGCAAAAACACACACUUCAUCAAAAUUUCAGAAAGGCAUUAGGUGCAAGGUUAAGGAAGCUUGUUAGUCAGGGGAAGCUUGAAAAGGUACACAAUUGCUACAAGAUUAAAAAGGACACCCCAUCAGGAACGAGAUUACCCUCUCCAAAAUCACCUGUGCCAAAACAAAAUGAGAUUUGGCCACAACAAUCCCCGACCUCUAGUUUUGUAACAAGGGAUGAGAUAAUAAAGGAUGCCGCUGAUACUGCAGCCUACAGAGUUGCUGACGCCGAGAACAAAUCAUUUUUGGCCGCCGAGGCAAUCAGGGAGGUGGUGAGAAUCUCAAGGCUGGCUGAAGAUACUGAUUCAAUAAUACAGCUUGUGCAAGAUAUUUAUGAACGAUGUUCACGUGGUGAAAUUGUUCUUUUGGCUUGAGUUAGUGAAUGUGAGCCGAUAUGGAUCCAGCAAAUUCAUCAAUCCGGUGAAUAUUAUUUGAGUAGCUCUCUAUUUUUCCUCCCUCUCCAAUAGUAUUAGUACCGGUUAGUAUUUCUUGUGAAGCCAUGUUUCUUUGAGGCUGGUACACCUUCCUUGGUCUCUAGAUAUUAUCCAUGGAAGCUGUCUUUCAUUUGAGAUUGCCACAAAGAAAAAUGUCUUCUUUGAUGUAUACCUCCAUAUGGCUGCUGAUGUUAGAAUUUUUACUGGUAUAUGUAAGUAGGAGUAUAAAAGUUGUAAGUGUUUGUUUGUAAGAUAUAUCAUUAUUCAAACAAAUUUGAUGGAAUAUUGAGCUUCUCCAAAAAUUCAUUGAACUGUUGUUUUUCAAAUUAUGAA